UUGUUUGUUGUGUUAGGUACAUUAUUUUCUCAUCAGCAUUUUAUUUUAUGUUUGCCUCGGUUCCUCGGUAUAUAAAAUAUUACAUUCGUUACCUAGGUCAUUAUAUAAUCAUAAUAUAAAUUUAGUUAAAAUUUCAUUUUUACUAGGAGCUAUGUUUUUUUCAAAUUACUACGGUACAUACCUAUACAGAUUAAUUUAAAACAUUUUAUCUUCUGAAAUAAUAAUAAUAAUUUCCGAAAUAAUAAAGUGUUUUUGUGUAUUCGUUACAUAUAAUUUAUUAUACUAUACAGUAUACGUACCUACAUAUUUGCAUAUCUAGAUUCGACACGCACGCAGGCUUAUGACGUGAGGCUAGUUUAAUAGUCAUUUUUUUGGUGAUGAUAAUUACCUAUCUAUCAUAUUGUAGAAUUUUAAAGUGAAAUUAUUAUACAUAUAAAUAAAUCGAUGUUAACCAGUGUUUUUGAAUCAAGGAUUUUUUAUAAUGAAAUUAACAAAAGAAUGGUUUGUUCAGGCUCCAUGGGGCAAUAUUGCAGUGGUUUCAUGGGGCUCUCCUAAUGGUCACCCUGUGUUGAUGGUCCAUGGUCGGCAGGACAGUGCAGCAACAUUUAUACCCCUCGUGGAGUGUUUACCCGAUAAAUACUAUUUCGUAGCAAUAGAUCUGCCAGGAAAUGGGAAGUCAGAUUCUUUUCCUGCAGGUCUACCAGUAUGGAGGUAUUACUACCUUGGAGCCAUAGACAUAGUCGUGAAGCACCUGCAAUGGAUCAAGUUCAUUUAUAUUUCACAUUCUAUGGGCUGUGAAUUGGGACUAUUCUUCAACGCUAUAAGACCCGGCAUGAUCACCAAAAUGGUGCAUUUGGACCCGGUGCCAACAUUUCAACGGCUACAAAACAGUGAAGACCCUGAACUAUACUAUAAGACGUUCUUUGAAAACUUUUACACAGAUUACGAGAAUAGGAACUACUAUUUCAAGGUUUACACUAAAAGAAAAGCUCUAGAUGCUGUAAAGCGAGCGAGACAGCUGACUGAGGAACUGGCUGAAAUUAUACUGGAAAGGAAUCUGAUUGCCCUGGGAGAUGGCCACUAUAGACUGUCGUGGGACCGGCGCACCGCAGACUGCGUACCUCAGAAUUAUCCUAACGAGUAUUACGCGGACCUCUUCUGUACGGCUCCUCCCUUGAUCGCCUUCCACAUGUCCAAUGGGCAUAAGGGCAUAAUGGAUGGUCGCGAUAGCGGGUUGUAUUUGUUAGAGACACUAAAGUCCCGCCCCAACUCUGCCGUGUACGACAUGGAGGGGGAGCACGACGCCCACCUCAACCCCAGGGAUAUGGUCGACAGGAUAACCGAAUUCCUGGACAAGGAUCUCAGAAAAUCCAAGUUGUAGACGCGGGCGGAAUGCUAUUGGAAUUACUAUGUGCAAUGAAAAAUAUUCGUGAUUUUUUUUUUUCACUUAAUCCAGUAUUUGUAUUUUCUAUUUCAAUUACUUUUGUAAUAAAUGACUUUAAUAUUUAA